AUGAAUCAGCUGCACGGCUUGACAGGCCACGAAGAAGCGGCGACCACGCGGCGGCAGCCGCUCAAGUCCGCGGUGUGGGGUAGCUUCACAAGAAACCGCCCCGCCGCCGGCGGACCUGCCACCGCGACGUGCGGGGAGUGCGGCCAGAUCCUGCGCGCUGGCAGCAGCAUCGGCACGUCGCACCUCCGCCGCCACACCGGGACCAAGAGGUGCCAGCAGCGCGCCGCGGAGCGGCGGCGGCAGCAGCUCACGGCUCCUCCUCCCGGCGGCGGUGACCAAGAUGACCACCCGACGUCGCCGCCGGUCUCCGUUGAGGAGCCGUUCUUUGUCGUGGACGGCGUAGACAUCCCUGAGCUGCUGGACGAUCUCAUCGGCAAGGGCCUGGCCAACAUCGACGAGCAAAGCAGCGGAGCGGAUCAGCAGUUCGGUGCCGACAACUAUGUCGCUGCUGUGCCCCAAGCAGCCAGCUCUUCAACUAAGUGGUUCAUCCAAAAGAAGAAAGAAAGGAAAGGGGCAGAAAGCAAGAAGCGAUGCGCACGGGAGGAUGAAUGCGGCCUGGAUGAUCUGUCUGCACAGGCAGACUUCAGCUCCAGAGAGAAGAGGAUGUUGCCCGAUUCAGCUGGCGCGACGACUGCAACAGUCUACGACCAUUCUCACGCAACCAACAAGCAGAGAGCUCAGAACUCUCUGCACACCUCGGAUUACUUGGCCUCAAGUUUCAUUCACUAGUCGGGGAUGAAGAGUUCAUUCGUUAGUUCUCUCUGAAACUAAUGGAUCAUGUUGAUCCAUUUUUUGCUCCCUUUUUAAUUGCCAGGGCAUGCAAUGUGUAGGCGUAUUAAUUAGCUAGUGUUUGGCCCAGGGCGGCAUGUUUGCUCUAGAGGCCAAUUUAAUUGCGGUGGCUAGUCAUUUUUUUUGUUUUGAGUGUUCAGACGUUAAUUCCAGUAAAUUAAGCUGUUUAAUCAAAAUCCAGAUCUCCUA